GUAUUGGAGGACACCAAAAAAAUAUUCUCACUUGGUAAAGUGGCUGUUUUGUGACCAUUUGUGUUAUCUGCAAAAGGACGCCAGUGUUGUAACUACAAUGCGAUGGAUCCGUGGACUUCCGACCCAUAGAGAGAGGGGCAUGGGCGAGGGGGGCCGAGUGGGGCCGAGUGGGGGGGUAGGGGUGUGUAAGAGCGGCUAUCAUAAACAAACAUUUAGAAAGUCCAAAAUUGUCAAGAUUUACGCUAAUACCUCGCAAAUAUCAAAUAUAUUGUCAAUCACAAAAUAGCAAUAAGCUAUUGAAACUGGGCGGGUACAAAAGUUUUGAGCAUUUCCCUUAUUGCCUCCCUUGAUAACUUACUCAUUCCUUUUUAUGUAUUAUUAUUUUCUUUUUUUUUUUUUCUUGUACUUCUCGCGUUCUGCUCGUCACUAUUUUCCUUCAGCAAAAUUCAAUCUAUUUUGUGUUUCCAAGGUCGCCGGCAGCUGUUGAAAUGUCUUCUGGAAAUUCAUGCUGUGUGCCGUGAAGACGAUCCUUGGUAUCUGUUGAAUGACCUCUAUAUCACGGAUUACUGUGUAUGGAUACAGAAAACAAGGUUAUAAUUUGCCAGUUUAUUUUUAUUUUCAUUUAUAUAUUUCAGCAUUGUUUGUUUCUUACACUGUGAGCAUCAUCACUAUCGUCAUCAGCAUCUGUCAUCAUCAUCAUCAUCAUCAUCAUCAUCAUCAUCAUCAUCAUCAUCAUCAUCACUAUCUUUAAUGAUCAGAAUUGGCUGUGUGGGGAUCAAAACUUCACCCAAAUACCAAAAUGCCGCACGCAGGCUUGGAGAUCAGGGGUUAUUAUUGCCUGAAGAAAUGUCCAAACCCGAAACACAAAACCCAAUGAUAAAGUGCUACUGAGGGAUCAUGUAUUGAGCUUGGCUUGCAAGCCUUUCAGACACUUAGUCAGUUGUUUUUUGCUCCGAACGAACGUGCGCUUUGUUAAUGACACAAGGAAUAUCUCUGAAAACUUCUUUUGAGGAAACUUUGAAUGAGUGAUUACUGGGACCUACUGUUUCCUCUAAGCGGUGAAACACUCUCGCUUUAACUGUUCUCUCGGAGAGAAAUACCCGCAGGGUUAGUCUGCUGGCUGAUUUAAUGUAUUAGGAUUUGUUUAAAUUUGUUGUUUUCUUUUUUGUUUGUUUUUCUUCCCAGUCGCAAGAAGCUCUCUUUUCUAGCACAAAGCCUUGAACAGGUAUUAUUACUUAGUUGAUCGUUUUAUUAAUUCUUACGACCGUUCCUCUUGGUUAUGUGAUGACUUCGUUAGGAGAAAAUUGAUGUUCCUCACUGUUGGGUCAUAUACCUUGGCAGGCGCGAGUUUCCCUGUCUUGCAAGUAAAACACUCCAAUGCGUUUUGUAAAGGAAUUUAUGAAAACUUGGCUUCCCUUCAGUUGCUGGGAGGCUCCCUCCACGUAAACAGAGUUUGACCAAAGAAACUCCUCACAUAGAUUUUUUCCUUGAAGAAAUUAAUCGUCUUUGACUUUUUCGUCGUAGAUUUUUUGCAGUAAUAACCUUACUUGUGUCAGUCUAAACAUUGAAUUUUCGUAUAUCCUGGCUAUAUGAAAAAGGCUGGCUCAACUCCCUCCUUAAUUUUCACGCAGCCUAACAGCCGAACUCUGAGAGCGUCGGUUAUUUUACGGAGCUUAUGUGACGCGCAUUUGCUCCGUUUUCUUUGCCGUACAGGUUGAAGUUCGUAAAAGAGACCUGCCUUGGCAGUUAGAGGAACUGGAAUUAGCCGCUGCUUUGGUUGAAAAAGAAGACCGAAGCAACCCUGAAGGCAAUCAUCCUGAAUCUUUUGAUGGUCACAAUCAACUGCGAAAUGAGAAUGACGAUGAUGAUCAUGGUGGUGGUGACAAUGAUGACGACUACGACAACGAGGAUAAUGAUGAUGAUGAUGAUGAUAAUGAUGAUGAUGAUGAUGAUGAUGAUGAUGAUGAUGAUGAUGAUGAUGAUGAUGAAGAUGACGACGACGACGACGAUGAUGAUGAUGAUGAUGAUGAUGAUAAUACUGAUGAUGACGACGAGGGUAAUGAUAUUCAGAGC